UCUAACUCUGGCCUCUGCCUCUGCCUAUUCAAAGCCAUUUACUUUGCUCGUAAAAUAUCAGCACGAAGCAUUGAUUCCUCUGAUUGCAUCACAGUGAAAAAAUGUUUAGACUUUCUUUCUUGCUAAUUAUUCUGCUUCAUUUAGCAGUAACAGGGCUUAGCGCUGAUGAAUUCAGUAGACAUGACUUCCCACCUAGCUUCAUUUUUGGCUCUGGCACCUCAGCUUAUCAGGUGGAGGGAGCAGCAAACGAAGAUGGGCGGACUCCAAGCAUUUGGGAUACCUUUGCACACGAGGGGAAGGCACAGGGAGCCACAGGAGAUGUAGCAUGUGAUGAGUAUCACAAAUACAAGGAAGAUGUGCAACUCAUGGCGGACACAGGCUUAGAUGCCUAUAGAUUUUCCAUCUCGUGGUCAAGACUAAUCCCAAAUGGAAAAGGACCUGUGAAUCCAAAGGGUUUACAGUAUUACAACAACCUCAUAAAUGAACUAACCACCCAUGGAAUUGAACCGCAUGUUACGUUAUUCAAUUAUGAUCUUCCCCAGGCUCUUGAAGAUGAGUAUGGAGGAUGGAUCAAUCAAAGAAUUGUGAAAGACUUCACUGCUUAUGCAGAAGUAUGCUUUAGAGAGUUUGGCAACAGGAUUUCAUAUUGGACAACCGUAAAUGAGCCCAAUGUAUUCGUGCUUGGCGGUUAUGAUCAAGGAUAUGUGCCACCUCAGCGGUGUUCUUUUCCAUUUGGAUUCAAUUGCUCCAGAGGCAACUCCACCUCUGAGCCAUACAUGGCACUUCAUCAUAUUUUGUUAGCGCAUGCAUCAGCUACAAGACUCUAUAGGAACAAGUAUCAGGGCAAGCAGCAUGGUUAUAUAGGUAUCAGCAUCUACGCAUUUGGGGUAGUCCCUCUAACAAACUCAACAGAGGACGUAAUUGCUACUCAAAGAGCCAGUGAUUUCCUAAUUGGUUGGGUUGCACAUCCAUUGAUGUUCGGAGAUUAUCCCGAAAUAAUGAAGAAAAAUGUGGGCUCCAGACUUCCAGUCUUCACCGAUCAUGAGUCCAAGCAGGUUAAGGGUUCUGCUGAUUUCCUGGGAUUGAUACACUACAGCUCAGUUUACAUCAAAGAUAAUUCCAACAGUCUGAAGCAGGAAGUCAGAGACUUUAACGCAGACAUGGCAAUACAGUUAGUUAACACACUGCCGGAUAAUACAUCUGCAUAUGAGUUCCCUGUACAGCCCUGGGGUUUGAGAGGAGUGCUGGAGUACUUUAAACAAGUUUAUGGCAAUCCUCCUAUUUACAUUUAUGAAAAUGGUCAACGGAGUCUGCGCAAUUCAACAUUGGAAGAUAUGUCAAGGGUGAAAUACAUACAUGCUUACAUUGGGAGUGUGCUUGAUGCUGUGAGAAAUGGAUCAAAUACAAGAGGGUACUUUACAUGGUCGUUCCUAGAUGUAUUCGAAUUGCUGGAUGGGUAUGGAUCCAGCUUCGGGCUGUACUAUGUGGAUUUGAAUGAUCCUGGUUUAAAGAGAUAUCCCAAGCUAUCUGCCCAUUGGUACUCCCACUUUUUGAAGGGAAACAUGAUCAAUUCAGAUUAUGUUUUCAAACUCAACAAUAAUUUAUCUACUCUUUGUCAUACCCACUGCUUUCAGUAGCUCUAGAUACAUACA